AUCACCUGCAAAAUGAUGAAGACUUCUGCUCUUGCAUUCCUCGCUCUCGUAUGUGCUUCCUCGGCAUUCGUGGUCCCACAAAAUGCUGAUCAAUGUGGAGCCGUUGAUAUCACAAAGAUGGCAAAAAGAUAUGUUCCAUCUCAAAACUCUGACGCCACCUGCGAAAUCUGUCUUGAUCUUGUUCUGAUUGCCGAGACUUAUGCCGAAUGCGACGAAGCUAUCGUGCAACAUCACAUGGAUGCUUAUUGUGUUGAACACGUCAAGAAUCAUGCUUCCCAGGCACUUUGCAAGCUUUUAAUUGACGAUAUUGCUCAUGCCGUCAUUGAAGAUACCGAUCAAAAUCCAACUGGGGUCUGUCAAAAGGUCAUCCACAAGACUUGCCCAUACAAUAACUAAUUAAAUUAUUUCUCGAUUUGUAACAUUUAUAUAUAUUUUGAAUAUUAUUAUCAUGAAACAUGGGAAUACA